AUGGACUCGAUUAGAGAGUACUACGCGACGAAUUACACGCGAUGCCCAGCGGACGACAGUUUUCUGGCCUCGUGGCAGGGACUCGCCACGUGCUGUCAUUUGAUCGGCGGCGUCUCGCUUCCGAUUCAACUGCUCACCUACUAUGUGAUUCUCAAAAAGACGCCGAAGAAUAUGAAGACGAUCAAGGUGCAGUUGCUUCUUUUUCACUUUUUGUGAGUGCUCAGAUUCACUGUCGACACACGACGACGAAAAACGUAGAAAGGGACGUGGCCUAGCGUGCACGGUUUAUCACGAUUUUGGCGCGAAUUUCGAAAUUUAACCUCAUUUUUCAUGUUUUUCGUCAAAAAUUACCCAAAUUUUGUACGGGUUCCGACGAUGAAAUUGCAUAACUUUGUUAAACUAAUCAUCGCGCGCACUUUUUGAGCCAAAAACGAGCAGGUUUCAUUCAGAAAUGAAUCAAUUGAAUCGAUUUUCAAGUUUUGUGCUGAAAAUGCGCGAAUUUCAGUCAUUCGCCGACACUUUUUGCCGUUUGAACGCUUAAAAUACUUGUAUUAACGUGCUUAAUCACUUCCGAAACACUCACUUCGUCUCAAAACUAUCCAGAUCGGCCGGUAUGAAAAUUCCGAAAUUGCUGCGGCGAUUGGCCGCGGAGGGCGUAUUGCGAAAUAUGCCAAAAACGUCUCAAACGCGGCGUUUUCACGAAAAUUUCAAUGUUUUCUCUCUUUAAUGUCUCUUCUUUCGUCGAUAUCAAACACAAAAAUAUCGGAAAAGUGUGCUGGAAUGGCGGCAAUUUUCAGAAAACGCGUCUCAGAUUAGGCCACGCCCCUUUCUACACUUUUGGUCGCCGUGAGCUGUCCUUUUAUUCAACUAAUUUUUGCUCACUUCAGCUGCACCUUGUUCGACACUGAGGUUAGUUUCCUCAUAACCCCCUACUUCUUCAUGCCCUCUCCGGCGGGGUUCGGAGUCGGACUCCUCAGCUGGAUCGGAGCAUCGGUUCUUCUUCAGUGGAUCAUUGCCAUUUCAUCAGUCAUAGGUUUUAAAAAAACCAAUAAAGUUAUGCUUUUUAUUCAAAUUACAGCUUUGGUUCAAUCGAUGGUAUACCUGUUCCAAAGUCGAAGCAGUUGCAUACCGGAAAACCGAUUCGGGUUGAAAAAUCGAGUCUCUAAAGUCAUAUAUCAUGGAUUUGUGCUUUUGUGCAAUUGCAGCUCAUUCCUGGUCAUUUCAAAAUACCCGGAUGAUCAAGAAGCGGGACGGCUGGAACUUUUGAAAUCCUACCCUUGUCCAACCCGAGAAUUCUUCCUUCCCACCCCUAUCUUUGUAUUCACCACUGACGCUAGUCUCGUUACUUUCGUCUUCCUCGUUCUUAUCCCGUUCAUUUUCAUCGCCAGCUUCAGCCAUCUGAUGUUCCACACUCUCUGCUGCGUCUAUUACCUCUACAUUGUCCCUUGCAACGCGGCAUCCGUCAGAACGCGAACUUUACAACGCCGCUUCUUCAUCGGAAUUCUCUUCCAGACGUGCAUUCCGUUUCUAGUCGUCAUAGGGCCUAUGUUUUUGUACAUUUCUGCUGUAAUCACGGGCCAUUCCACUCAAUCCAUGACCAACUUAAUGAUCGUAUUCUUGGGAAAUCACGGACUGUUCGAAAGUUUCGCUAUCAUGAUCGUCUACAAACCGUAUCGGGAAUAUGCUCUGCAAGUGCUCACCAAACUGAAAAGGACCAAAGUCGCUCCUAUUGGCAUGGAGAGGAUCAGUGUUGUCCACAAGUCAAAUAGCACGCAUUAUGUUCGAGAAACGAACUGAAUAAAGUACUGUUGCUAUGUGUAGCUAACGCUUUUCAAUCGAUAAAACUGAAAGUACUGAUCCCACCCAAGAGAUCUUGUUCUAUUCCUGUUCCGAACUCGCCUCCUCCAGCGCCGUUUCUUCAUCCGAAACACUGGCCAUUCCCCUCAAAUCCAUGAAGAGAACAGACCAACAAUCUGUGACGUCGAGGCCGGUGGAGCGCGUUUGCCUCCCAUCUUCACGUGUGGCCGUAAAACCUGGGUCCAGUCAACAAUCGAGUCGAUAUUGUCAGUCUGUACGCGCUCGCAUUCUCGGCAACCAUGUCUAACGAUGAAAUCAACGAGAAAACGAUCGCAUCAUUGGCCAAACGACUCCGGAAACCGUUUUCAAGGAGAGAGGUGAGUCAACAACGAAACAAUCGCUCUUUACUUUUUUUGUAAUAGGGCUUGCGCAUUGUCAAAUCACUUUUGGAGACGGACUUCUCGGUGGACGUCAUGUUCAAGUACAACGUCGACAAGCUCAUCGAGGAGCAUUUCGAGAUCAGCGACCCGUUUGUCGGUGCGCUUCUCGCGAAGAUUCACGAUUUGAUAGAGGAAGACGGAUAUCGAAAAGAGGAGUAUUCGGAGAAUUAUAGCUUCAUUUCAAGACAAGAUUCUGUCGAUGAAAAGGUAAGUUACGGCGCGCUAGAGACGCUAGUAGCUACUGUUUGUAUUUCAGUCCGUCCAAAGAGGUUCUCCGGAAUACUCUCCGAUCGCCAAACAGAACGACGACUUCUCCUCGAUGGAAAGUUCUCCAGGCCGCUUCCAGGGUCCCAGAAGGAAUCUGAAGCUUCAAAUGCAACAAGGCGCCUCGCCGUUUUAA